GGGAAUCACAGAACCCUGAACAAAGAAGACACUCUCCUUCUCUUCGCACCAGAACUAAAAAGCUGUAGAGUAAACCCUAAACCCCAAAGCUCACUCUCAGAUCUGGUGAGGUUGAUUGUAUCAGCAAGUGGGUGAUCAGUUUUAGCAAAUUUGGAUGGAGUGCGUGGUCCAGGGAAUUAUAGAGACACAGCAUGUUGAAGCCCUUGAGAUUCUUCUUCAGGGUCUUUGUGGUGUUCGCAGAGAACCUUUGAAGGUCCAUGAGUUAUGCCUUAAAAGUGGCCCAAACUUAGGAGCUGUACCUUCUGAGGUCCGACUUAUUUGCAAUCUUGAACUGACUGAACCUACAUGGACUGUGAGGUUUGUGGGAGGUGCAAUGAGAGGUGCAGGUGCCGAGCAACUUUCAGUUCUAGUAAGAACCGUGAUCGAAAGCAAAGCAAGCAAGAAUGUGCUUCGCUUAUUUUAUGCCCUCGGCUACAAGUUGGAUCAUGAGUUAUUGAGAGUCGGGUUUGCCUUCCAUUUCCAGAGAGGCACACAGAUGACUGUGACUGUGUCUUCAGUUAAUAAGAUGCCACAACUACACAAUACAGAUGAAGCUGUCCCUGUAACUCCUGGGAUACAGUUGGUUGAAGUGACAGCCCCUGCAUCGUCUGAAACUUAUACUGAAGUUGCGUCAGCAGUGUCAUCCUUCUGCGAAUAUCUUGCACCGCUCCUGCAUCUGUCAAAACCUGGCAUUUCAACUGGGGUUGUUCCUACUGCCGCUGCCGCUGCUGCAUCUCUCAUGUCCGAUGGUGGGGGUACAAUGAUGACCUAAUGGUUUAACAUUAGUUGGUGAAGAGUUAGUUCCUGGAAUAACAUCCCAGAGUUUCAAGGCCUAGAAUGAAGGAGAUAGACUAGUUUACGCAUAAUAUGCCGAUUGGAGUACUGAAUUGGUGCAGAUUAUGAGCAGUAAGGUCCUCAGUUAUCGUGUUUGAGAUCAGUAUAGGUUAAACUUGUCUAAAUGUGAUUAGUACUCUACUUCAGCUUGAGACAGUUGUAAAACCUGUCUUUAUUGUUAGUAAUCUCUUGUAGCUACCAUGCAUUAUUUGGUUAUAAACGUCUCUUUUAGACAUGAUUGCCAUGACAUCAGAAACUUAUAGUUCUUUACAACCCUGGGGUGGGAUUAGGUGGUGACGAUAAAUUUCUAUUCAGGUGAGGGAAAAAGGGGAGGAGAGGAAGAAAACCUAAUCAACGUUUGUUUUUCUAUAUUGCUUCGACAACCAUGACCUACUUGACCAAUUUUAGGGACCCUCUCAAUGUCACAUGAAACCAUAGAUUAAACAAACAUGAGUUAGUUUUGACUAAUAUCCAUAUGGAAAACGAUAUGAAAAGAAAAGAAUGUCUAUAAAACUGU